AUGAAGAUGGAAGUCGAUCAAGAUUCAGUGGCCAGCAAGCAAGAAACUCCUUGGUACAUGGGCAAAGCUGCCAAUCGAGUCAUUUAUUAUCCGCCAGCAAAGUCGGCUCCACACCCUGAUGAUGUGGAAAUGAAGGAGCAGGAAAGUAAGAAACGAAAAAGGAAAGCAGCCAAUAAGAAGGAAAAUGACCCGUGUGGAAAAGGAAGAGUUUCAUCGAUUCAUAUUAGUCUUGAUUUUUAUUAUCACAACUUGAAACUUGAGUCAGCCCGAAAACCAGCCGUCAGUGUGCCGGCGCCUUUUUUACACACUGCUGCUGAUGAACUCGUUCGCCAGGCCGAAAAGCAAAACAAGCCGGUUACAUCUCCUCCAUCAACCGGCAGACCCGUCAAGAUUCCAACCUUCAGCACGCCAUACAUUGGAAGUGUAUUUACUAAAAACAAGAAAGAAGAAGAACAUGAUGGGAUCAAAGGAAUCGACAAGAAACUGGUGGACAUAAUCGAGAAUGAAAUUAUGAACACAAAGAAGAAUAUGUCCUGGGAUGACAUCGCUGGAUUGAAAACAGCCAAAGAGGCCAUCAAUUAUGCUGUUAUAGCACCGAUGAAACGGCCCGAUCUGUUUACGGGCAUUCGAUCAGCCCCCAAGGGGGUUCUUCUUUUUGGACCACCAGGUUGA